AACCAGCGGAGAGUCGUGGGCACCGUCGACUACGACCGCGGCAAGCGCCGGGUCUCCGUCGAGGUACCUGGCCUUGGCCGUGACCAUAUCCCCGGAAGGUACCGCGUCCGCAUCGACGGCAGCCGCUGGCAGGUCGACUGGAAGGUCUCCGAGGUGGUUGAUAAGGUGCUUGAGCUCAAGCACUGGGAGGAUAUUGAAGGCUUGUUGAAUCGCUGGGUCGGGCGUUUCGCUCGCAAAAAUUUCCCACUCUUGAUCAAGGAAAUAACCAAUACUGGUUCCCUUGAGCAUUCUGUUCAAGUGUUUCGAUGGAUGAAAAAUCAAAAGAAUUAUUGUGCACGAAAUGACAUCUAUAACUCAUUGAUUAGGCUACAUGCCAGACAUAAUCGAACUGAUCAAGCACGUGGGUUGUUUUUUGAGAUGCAAGAAUGGAGAUGUAAACCUGAUGCUGAAACUUACAAUGCUCUCAUCAAUGCCCAUGGCCGAGCUGGUCAAUGGCGGUGGGCCAUGAACAUAAUGGAAGAAAUGCUUCAGGCCGCUGUACCUCCUAGCCGAACCACAUACAAUAAUCUUAUUAGUGCCUGUGGAUCCAGUGGGAACUGGAGAGAGGCUCUUAAAAUCUGCAAGAAGAUACUGACAGAAAAUGGUGUUGGACCUGAUUUGGUGACUCAUAACAUUGUUUUAUCUGCAUUGAAAAGUGGAAACCAGUAUUCAAAAGCUCUGGCUUACUUUGAGUUGAUGAAAGAAAAAAAGACAUGCCCCGAUACUAUUACUCUCAACAUAGUCAUACAAUGCCUUGUAAAACUUGGGCAAUUUGGAAAAGCAGUGAAUAUAUUCAACUCAAUGAGGGAUAAAAGAUCAGAAUGUCGCCCUGAUGUUAUAACUUUCACUAGUAUUAUUCAUGCCUAUUCUGUAUGUGGGCAAAUUGACAACUGCAAGGCUGUAUUUGAUAUGAUGGUUGCUGAAGGAUUGAAACCUAACAUUGUCUCAUACAAUGCUCUUCUUGGUGCCUAUGCUUCACAUGGAAUGCAUGUAAAAGCCUUAGCUAUUUUUAAUUUGCUCAAGAGGUCUUGUCUCCGGCCUGAUGUUGUAUCAUAUACUUCCUUACUCAAUGCCUACGGUAGAUCAGGACACCCUGAGAAGGCUAGAGAAGUUUUUGACCUGAUGAAGCGUAACUCAUGGAAGCCUAAUAAAGUAAGUUAUAAUGCAUUAAUUGAUGCUUAUGGAUCAGCGGGGAUGUUAACCGAAGCUGUUAAUGUCUUGCAUGAAAUGGAAACUGAUGGCUUCCAAUCUGAUAUAGUCUCAAUAAGCACUCUUCUGGCUGCCUGUGGCCGUUGUGGUCAAAUUGUAAAAAUUGACUCCAUACUUUCAGCUGCUAAAUCUCGUGGAAUUGAAUUGAAUGCUGUGGCAUACAACUCAGCUAUUGGAAGCUAUAUCAACUUUGGUGAAUAUGACAGAGCUUUAAAUCUUUUCAAGUUGAUGAGAGAAAGUAAUGUUAAACCUAAUUCAGUUACUUUCAACAUACUGAUUAGUGGUUUUUGUAAGAUGGGGAAGUAUGAUGAGUCCCUCAAGUUUUUAGAUGAGAUGAUGGAAUUACAUAUUCCUGCAACUAAGGAGGUAUACUCAUCUGUAAUCUGUGCUUACAGCAAGCAGGGCCAACUAAAUGAAGCUGAAUCUAUUUUUAUUAUGAUGAGGCAAAACGGUUGUCUUCCUGAUGUUGUAACAUAUACUGCCAUGAUUCAUGCUUAUAGUGCAUCAGGGAGCUGGGAAAAAGCCUGGGAGCUCUUUCAGGACAUGGAAACAAAUGAUAUUCAGCUAGAUCCCAUUGCAUGCUCAUCUCUCAUGGAAGCUUUUAACAGAGGAUGCCAACCUUCUCGAGUUCUUCAACUGGCAGAACUAAUGAAAGAGAAAAAUAUCCCUUUUAACUCAAGUGCCUUAUAUGGGAUCAUAUUUGCAUGUAGCAUACUAGGGGACUGGAAAUCAGCAUCUGAAAUGAAGAUCAGCCAUAUGGAGCCAUCAGCAUUGAGUUUUAUCUCUAGCACAUUUUUAGCUGAAUUAUUGCACUUUUCACUUGUACAGCUUUUCUAUAAGAUUCUGGCCUGCGCAAAGGUUAGCUCAUCAACCUAUUUCAUUCUCUUGAAGAAUCUUUUGGCUUCUGGAAAAUGGAGGAAAUACAUUGAGGUGUUGCAGUGGAUGGAGGAUGCAGGAAUUCAACCAUCGGCUAGGCUAUACUGGAAUGUUUUCCCUCAUGCUUGCAAGAACUCAGAUACAGAAUAUACUGUUCUCAUUCAAGAUAAAAUAAAAAAAUUGAAAGAUAAAGUUGGGUGACAACUAACCACACUAGUGUUAAAUCACCAAGCCAACAGCAGCUGGAGUUGGUUAGAGAAGGGGCUUCCGAUGAACAAGUCACCACCAAAUAAGGUACCAUGUAAUUACUAGUAGCAUUAACUUAUUUUGGGUUACUUGGCUAGUGGUAAAGUCUAUUCCUUUGUUGAACCCUGAUUACGGCCUCUUCCCCAAUGCCACCGAUAUAUUUAUAUUACAAAAAAAAUAAAAAAUAAAAAUAAAAUAAAAAACGUCGCAUGUACAUCCAGAGUUUUAAGUUAAAAGGAGCAAAGACUCAUCGAGGAAUCCAAGGAACUGCACAAGCAAUCCAGAGUUUUAAGUUAAAAGGAGCAAAGACUCAUCGAGGAAUCCAAGGAACUGCACAAGCAAUUCAUCGACAACCCUUUCAAUGUUGUAGGAUUAUUGUAUUAUUGUACAUGGUGUUUAGUGGUUUUCCACUUCAACA